UCCACUCUUCCAUGGUUCGGUAGGGGUUAGAUUCAUGCGCUAACGCUAUGAGGCUCCUGAUACGGAAAUUUUCAACUUUAUUUGUCGUUUUGCUGGGCGAUUUCAGUUUGACUCCAUGAAUGAAUCACUGAUUUCCGCUUCAAUUUCCUUUCAAAGCUGAUUCUCCCCUGGCUUCUUUCAAAGUGGAAAACCCAUUUUUAAGUUAUUUUUUACUUCAUGUCUUUGCUGAUCUGAGCGUAGUGCCGAAAAACGAUCUUUAUUUGGUUUGAAGUAUUUGCAUUCGCAGAUGACUGAAGUAUCAGGCCGAGGUACUUUUUCAGAGUUGUAGUGAAAGAGGGGAUAUGAAGCGCAGGAGUUAUGGUAUCCGAUGGAGGACAAAACUCGCUGUUUUACUCUCUUUGAGCUUCUGCAUUGGUACUCUGGUACUGAUACGUAAACAACACGACCGAAUCUUGAGCCUUGACAAUUCGGUUUCUUCUCAACCUCAUCCGAAGCCAAAGAUCGCGUUUCUCUUUAUAGCUAGAAACCGGCUUCCUUUGGAUGUGAUCUGGGAUGCAUUUUUCAAGGAACAGGAGGAGGGUAAAUUUUCCAUUUACGUUCACUCCAGGCCAGGGUUUCUAUUCAACCAAGCUACGACAAAAUCACGAUACUUCUAUGGACGACAGGUCAACAAUAGUAUACAGGUAGAUUGGGGAGAAGCAAGCAUGAUUCUAGCAGAGCGUAUCUUACUUCACAAUGCCCUCAAGGAGGCUACUAAUGAGCGGUUUAUUUUCCUAUCUGAUAGUUGCAUACCUUUGUACAAUUUCAGCUAUACGUAUGAGUACAUAAUGUCAAGUCCAACUAGUUUUGUGGACAGUUUUGCAGAUACUAAAGAGGGUCGUUAUAAUCCAAAAAUGCAUCUGGUUAUUCCAAUGCAUAACUGGAGGAAGGGAUCACAGUGGGCAGUGUUAAUUAAGAAGCAUGCUGAAAUAAUUGUUAAUGACACUACGGUGCUCCCAGAAUUUCAGAAGCAUUGCAGGAGGAGAUCAUUACCAGAGUUUUGGAGGGAUCGCCCACUUUCUAUUGAUGCAUCCAAGGAGCAUAACUGUAUACCAGAUGAGCACUAUGUUCAGACAUUGUUAGCACAACAUGGACUAGAGGAUGAAAUUACUAGAAGGUCCUUGACCCAUACGGUAUGGGAUAUGUCGUCUUCCAAGGGUCAUGAAAGGCGCGGCUGGCAUCCGCUAACUUACAGACUUUCCGAUGCCAGUCCUAAACUUGUAAAAACCAUACAAAAAAUAGAUAACAUAUACUACGAGACAGAGUACAGGAGAGAGUGGUGUAGCAGCAGAGGUAAACCAUCGCUAUGCUUCCUCUUUGCAAGGAAAUUCACGCGUGCUGCAGCCCUCAAACUUCUUGACACUGGUGCACUUAUUCUGAACUAAACACAAACUUACAGCGCUUCAUAUAGAAGAAAUGAUCAGAAAAAUAGGAUUAUUUGCAAUAACAAGCAAAUUCAUCAGGUGAUUUAAGGCUAUAAAUGCUGUGAUAUUUGUUCUAUUUUAAAAUAUACAUGAAGCCAAUAUACUAGGAAAUAUCAAGUAAAUUUCUGUUUUGUAUACAUUUCUUUAGUGUCAAUGUGUCGUGCA